GUUUCUUAAAUACUGGUGACAGCCUGGCACCAGGUAACAUGGGCCUCAAGGACCAAGUCUUGGCCUUCCGCUGGGUUCAAAGAAAUAUUGCUGCCUUUGGUGGCAAUCCAAACUCCGUCACUCUGUGUGGUUAUAGCGCAGGAAGUUACAGCAUAAUGUUGCACAUGGUGUCACCAAUGUCUCGAAAUCUCUUUCACAGAGCAAUCGCAAUGAGUUCUUCAGCUAUUAAACCGGAAGUUUAUAGCGGUAUAUCGCAACAUGGGCAGCGAGAACUUGUUCAAAAGCAGGCGCGAUUAUUGGACUGUCCCAUUGAUUCAACUAGUUCUCUGUUGCGCUGUUUCCGUUCGAAGCCUGCAGAAAACUUCACAAAUACAUUUAACUCUUUAUUCGAUUGGCGUGGAAAUCCUACAUUGCUUUGGUCACCAGCUGUAGAACCGGAAGUUCCCGGCGUCGAAAGAUUCUUAACCGAUCAGCCGUACAACUUGAUUAAGCAGAGAAAAUUCUACCAGGUUCCAUUGAUAAUAGGAGUUACUAAAGAUGAGCUUGGCGGCAUGGUUGCAUGCAAAAAUAUAAAAAUUAACAGUCCAAUUAUUUUAUUGAAUUAUAUAGCUUACGAAAGAGCAGCACAAAAUGGUAACGACACUAUAUAUCGUGAAUUGAAUAAAAAUUGGAACACUCUCGCUCCAAUCAUAUGUAGAUACGAACGUGAUACGCCACGGUCAAAUUACGUUAGUAGAGAAUUGCGGAAAUUCUAUUUCGAUGAUCAGCCAAUUAAUUCGACUACCAACAGAAAACUAACGGAACUGUUCGCUGAUUGUUUAACUAUAUUCCCCGUGUACCGAGCAGCCAGAUUAUUCGCCACGUAUUCUACACAUCCGGUGUACUUUUAUAAAUUCACAUUCCAAGGACGGAGGAGCUUCAGCAUGUUGAACGAUAAGACAUACGGUGUAACGCAUCACGACGAUUUGCAGUAUCUUUUCUUCAUGAAGAAUUUCUUCCCGUAUUUCGAGAACGAUGCGCCGGAAAUUCCUAUGGUGGAAAUUUCUACGAGUAUAUGGUCGAACUUCGUAAUAAAUGGCGAACCGAUUCCCAAGAACGAUGACAAACUCAGGAAUGUGAGAUGGAGCAAUCUGAUACCUGAGCAAACUAACUUCUUGGAGCUCAAUCUUCAUCCGUCUAUGAAGACUGAGUUUUUCCCUGAAAGAAUGCGCCUGUGGGAGACACUGUUCCCAGUACCUUCAGUUCCAAAUACAAUGAAACAU